GCAAACCGCCCGAUGGGCUCGACAGUAAAACCGAGCACCAUCUGUGGAAGUGGGCCACGGGGGCGGGGACACAAGGCGACAGCAGCGACGACGGCGCCUCAUCCCGGCGGGAGAGCUCGGACUCAGGACUCGCGUGAUGCUCACACCCGCCCUCCUCCUCCACUCGUGACGUGAAACAAUGGUGGACAACCGCUACGCCACGGCGUUGGUGAUCGCCUGCGUACUCAGCCUCAUGGCCACCGUGUAUCUGUGCGUGGGCAUGGGCACGCAGCACUGGUACCAGUACAGCAGCCCGCCAGUUCGCGGCGAGGCCAACGUGUCCGAGCUGCGCGGCCUCUACGACGAGUUCAUGGACGGAGAAUUUGAUGAGAAGACCGACAGCGACACUUUGUUCCGACUCAACGGCAGCGUGGGCCUGUGGUGGCGCUGCGUGCUCGUGCCCGCCGCCGCGCACUGGUACAAGGAACCGGGCGCCAAGAUGGUGUUGCGGUGCCGAAGCUUCACCGUGCAGCAGCAGCUCAUGCCCAAAUACAAGGAACCCGGAAACCACAACAGUGGAGAGGACAUGCUGCGCACAUACUUGUGGCGAUUCCAGUUCCUCCUGCCACUCAUUUCUCUGGGCCUGGAGGUCUUGGCGGGUCUGAUCGGUUUCUGCGCCUGCCUCUGCCGAAGCCUUACACCCACGCUUGCCAUUGGUGUACUUCACCUGUUAACAGGUCUGUGCUCACUGGCCACGGUGUGUUGCUACCUCGCGGGGACUGACCUGCUCCACAGGGUGUCCGUGCUUCCUGACAAGGUGGACGCCUCCCUGGGCUGGUCGCUCUACUUGGCGCUCAUGUCCUCGCCCCUCCACAUGAUGGCGGCCGCCCUGCUCGUGUGGGCCGCGCGCAGUCACGGCCGCAACUACUACCGCAUGGCCGCCUACCGCGUGGCCUAACCGGCAGGACGACGCCCUUAUCCCCGACGGUCCAAACGGAGGGACUCGUUCAUUUGGAACAGCACUUGGUGUAACGGCUGCAAUACCGGCGGGCCGCUAUGUUAAAAUGCUGUUUGAAUACAAACUGUUAAAUCGUACCUACAGUAUGCAGUGAAUACUGUAUACUUUGGAGUACGAAAACCACAUGGGGGGGGGCAUAAAAUAAAUGACUAUUUAUAUAUAUUUUUAAAAAAUCAGGAGAUAAACUUUUGAGAAAUUAUGUUUAAAAAGUAUUCCUAUUUUGCUAGGGAAAAAUCUGACAAUUUUGAGAAAAGAAUGUUACAAGAAAAAAAAUCUGAAUUUUGUGUGACCAAAUAUUUCAAGACAGAAUCGUUACUAAUGAGAAAAAAAACAUUAAGUCUGUCACGAAAAAGUCAAAUUUCUGGAAAGAUGAGAAUAGAAUUAAAAUGUUAUUAUGUGGGGGAAAAGGCAUAGCUGUAUAUGGUUUUACUUUUGUCAAGGAAAAAAAAAGUUGCCAACCUAACACAAUAGUAUUAUUAUUAUUGUAUCUUUGGAGAAUAAAAGGUGGCAUGUUACAAAGGAGAAUAACCACUAGGUUUCAAAAAUCAAGUUUCAUUUUUGUGGGGGAGAAACCAUCACAGUUUUAGGAGGUGGGGUGAAAAGCACACUGUUGAAAGCCAAGUGAAAAAAACACCACUUUUGCAUUUCGGUUAACGAGGGAGCCUGCUAUUCCCUCGUAGAAAUUCAAACCUUUUUGUCCUCUGCUUUUCAGAAUGACUCUAGCUCCUUGGUGAAUAAUUACAACUGUACAUUGCUUUGUAAACUAAGUUGGCAUUUAUUUAUUUAUUAUUUUGAACGCUUUUUUUGUUUGUUUACAUUUUGAUAGUCGUCGUUUUCACUUGUAAGCACUUCUUGUGGGGUUUUUUUUUCAGUUUGAUAUUUCCUGUUUUUGUUCGUCCCCCCCACCCUUUUUUCCCCAUUAUUUCAGCACACCAACAGAGUAGAAACAACACUAAAAUACAUUGCUGCAAGCAGAUUUAAUUUUUUUUAAUGAAUGCACCCUAACAGCCAUAUGGCACUACACCUGCUGCUCAAUUUUUUUAAAAGUUGCAGGCUGUCGUGAAGUUCUGUUUUUUGGACAUUUAAAAAUCCGUAGAUUUCAACGACAUUCUAGGCAAUGGCAAAUGUUGGUUCAAUACGGAUGCAACCUGCUCUUGAUGUGUGAUAUGUAAGCGUGCAUGUGCUGUUUUGAAAUAAAACUUUUUUUUUUCAUA